AUGGCUCUGCAUGGCAUUGGUGUCUGCAGCAGCUCUCUGCACAGCACCAUCCUGAUGCAGUGUGAGUCCGAGCCAGCAAACACGUCUGCAUGGCUGGAUGUGGGGGGUGCAACUGCGAUUCCUUCCCUGUGCACAGGGACCUGGGUGCCCAGCCCCGCAGACAGGGCCAUGCAGCACCCUGCCGCAGGACGGGGCCUCCACCAGCAGCAUGUGGCAGCUUUGCAGCAUCAGGGCAGCGAGACUGCACACCACCAGCCCCCUCCCACUCCCACGGCCCCAGCCCCAGCCAGGCACCAGCCAGCAGUGGGGAGACUCCUCACCCCGUGCUUAGCUGGGACUAUGAGCUGGAUGUGUGCCAGAGCUGCCAUCAGUCAGCCAAACCCACCACACGGAGCCAGCUGCGAAGAGGAAACAGCCCACAGCCCUGUGCUGGUGACUCGGCGAGUGUUUCGGAUCUGCAGCCCACCCCGAACAUUGUGCCACCCAUCUGAGGCCAAGCGAGAACAACUCCCCGGAAGCGCCGCCGGUGCCGGUGCCGGGCGGGCGCCACGUCAGGCGGGGCGGGGCUGGAGCAGCGGGAUGCGGGCCGGGAUGCGGGUGCUGGCCGUGCUGCUGUGCGCGCUGCGGGCCGGCGGCACCGAGCUGACCUUCGAGCUGCCCGACAGCGCCAAGCAGUGCUUCCACCAGGAGCUGGAGCGCGGCCUCAAGUUCACGCUGGACUACCAGGUGAUCACCGGGGGACACUACGACGUGGACUGCUACGUGGAGGACCCCAACGGCAGGACGAUCUACAAGGAGACCAAGAAGCAGUACGACAGCUUCCCGCACCGUACCGAAGUCAAGGGCGUCUACACCUUCUGCUUCAGCAAUGAGUUCUCCACCUUCUCCCACAAAACCGUCUACUUCGACUUCCAGGUGGGCGACGAGCCACCGAUCCUGCCCGACAUGAGCAACCGCGUCACCGCCCUGACACAGAUGGAGUCCGCCUGUGUCACCAUCCAUGAGGCUCUGAACACAGUGAUCGACUCCCAGACUCACUACCGCCUGCGGGAAGCACAGGACCGGAGCAGAGCCGAAGACCUCAACGGCCGGGUCUCAUACUGGUCGGUCGGGGAAACCCUCAUCCUCUUUGUGGUCAGCAUUGGGCAAGUGAUGCUGCUCAAAAGCUUCUUCACCGAGAAGAGACCCGGCAGCAGCGGGGCCAGCACCUAGAGCCGCAGCCAUUCUGUGCCCAAACUGCGCGGGGGGAGUGGGCAGGCAGCAUUCUCCUGGGUCACGCUUUACCUCUGUUUUUCACAAGGUGCUGCAGUGGGGAGGUGGCUGGGGGGGAGCAGGGGAUGAUGUGACACUGCUGAGCCAGGUGGAAAAUGGUCACCCAGGCAUGGGCAACCCCCAGCCAAUCCCCCCAGCAUCACCUCCCGCUUUGCUUUCGCCUGCCCUGCGGCCCUGUCCCCUCGCCCAGCUGGUCUGUCGCCACUCGCCAGCUCCACCAGGGAAGCGGGUGGGUGCGCUGGGGUUUGGCAUCAACACUCUGGUCCCUUGUCUGACGCCUGAGGCACCUUCAGAGCCCGAUGUGACUGCAAGGUGCAGCCCAGCAUCCAGCAAGGCCACACGCUGCCCGCACACACCCAGCAGGACAGGGAGCUCUGCCCAGGCCGGCGAAGGGAUGGGGCAAUGCCGACCCACCCAGCGCCCACCUCCGGAGCACUCCUGCCCCCAGCCAAGUGCUGUUAGUCCACAGCAGAGCUGCCCUGCAGGCUGCAAGCUCUGUGCCUGCAGGCAGAGGAGCGGUGAGCACAGCUCCCCUUUUUUCCCUAGGCCAGGGUCAAAGCCAGCAGCAGCGUCCCAGGAGCCACUGGCUCAAAAACAGAGGCAAGGUUUCAGCAGGGGCUUUUGGCUUGGUGGUUUCCAUUGCUUUGCAAGCCCCCAUCCUAACAGCGAAGCAUUUCCCAGGCCCUCCUCUGCCAUGAAAGCAAGCGGCAUGCCCCAUACAAGAUGGUAUUUUCAUACUUGCACGAGUCCACUUGGCUACCCCACGCAUCCCACUGUGCCCAGCAGACAGCAGGAGCGGGCACGGCUCUGCCUCACCCGUGCCGAGGAAGCCCCAUCCCCACUGUAGCAGCAGCAAGGAACCCCCACGCCCCUGGGACUGCAGCCCUGUUCCCUGGACCCCCCACAAAACAGAGACCCCCACAAGACCCCUUGGGAGACCACCCUGUGCAAGACCCCUGGGGAGACCAGCGCGCCAGCCACCACCGCCAGCCCUCGAGCGGGCACGGGAUCGCUCCUCGGGAGCCGGAGCAGCACCACUGGCGUUUUACUUUGCCACUUCGUAAUAAACCCCUGCGACCAUG